AUGGUUGUGUGCGAAUCAUCAGAAUUCGGUUAUAAAAAUGGAAUCUAUGCUGGUAAUUUAUUCAUAACAAAAGAUGGUCAAUUUAAACAACGUGAUUGGAAUAUACGUCGUGGCGGACGUUCAUCACCGGAAACCUUAACUAUUUUCGGUUUACCAAAUUAUGAAACAAAAAUAAUCUUACAUUUAUCUGAUUUUGGACUUGAUGGGAAAAUGACUAAACUUGAAUUAUUUAGAAUUCAUACACGUAUUUGUGAAUGUCUCGCACAAGACUAUGGGAUGUACAUAUUUUCUUCGGGUUAUAGUUAUUGUUGCAAAGAUAAUGAUAAUGGAGAUUUUCUGAAAUUUAACGUACUUGUUCAUCCAAAAUGGUUGGUUACAAUCGAUCGACAUGGACAAAAGCAAAAACUAGCUCGAGAUGAACAUCGUAAUAAGGUGACUGAAUUUGUGCGAGAUACGGCUACUAAAAUUCUCCGUCAAACAAUCAUGUAA